UCGCCCUCUCUUCACCUCCUUACCUGUUGUUUUCCUCCCUCCUCCCUUGACCCGUCGUCCCAUGCUAAAGCCCGGGGUUAGGAGCUAGAGGUAAUCUGUCUCUCUCUCUCUCUCUCUUUCUCUCUCUCGGUCAAGGCGAGUGGGGCAGCACUGCGCGCGCGGCAUGGAUGCCAUGGACGUCAAGUACAAGCCGGUCAUGUUCCCCAACGGCGGUGCUGUUAAGAAGGUGAAGCCGGCUGCCGUGGCGCCGGCAGCUGGCGAGCCGAUGUACCGGGAGUGCCUCAAGAACCACGCGGCGAGCCUGGGCGGGCACGCCGUGGACGGGUGCGGGGAGUUCAUGCCGUCGCCGAGGGCCAACCCCGCCGACCCGACGUCGUUUAAGUGUGCGGCGUGCGGCUGCCACCGCAACUUCCACCGCCGGACGGUGGAGGGGUCCCCGCCGCCUGCGCCUCUAGCGCUGCCGGCGCCCGUGACGGCGAGCGUGCUCCAUGGCGAGCCGCACCGCGGCGAGGAGACGCCGGAGGACAGGCUCCCGGGGGUCAUCGAUGGCGACGAUUCCGACUCCGACUCGGACGGCUCGGAGUACGACGAGGAGCGGUCGGUGUCCCCGCCACCGCCGCCGCCGCACCACGUGCCGGCGCCGGUGGCGCAGCAGCCUCCUCCGCUGCCGUACUUCGCCUCGGCGCCGCACAUGCUGCUCUCUCUUAACUCCGGCGCGCCCGGGUCAGCUGUCGCUGCUGCGGCCGCGGUCCAGAGGCUCCCGGCCCAGCUGACGCCGUCGAGCGCGCCGGCCCCCGGGGCGAUGCCGAGGAAGCGGUUCCGCACCAAGUUCACCGCCGAGCAGAAGCAGCGGAUGCAGGAGCUGUCGGAGCGGCUCGGGUGGCGGCUGCAGAAGCGCGACGAGGCCAUCGUCGACGAGUGGUGCCGCGACAUCGGCGUCGGCAAGGGCGUCUUCAAGGUCUGGAUGCACAACAACAAGCACAACUUCCUCGGCGGCCACAGCGCCCGCCGCAGCGCCUCCUCCGGCACCCCCACCGCCGCCGGCGCCGCACCGCCAUUCAACCCGUCCACAACCACCACCACCACCACCACCACCCCUCCCGCUCCCGGUCACGCCUCGUCCCCGCCAGCCGCCACCACCGGCUUCAACAUCAACGGCGCCGCCUCCUCCGCUCCCACCGUCAACGCCGGACACCAAGAGAACAUCAACGGAGCCUCUUUGGCGCAGUCCGAGUAAACAACUAGAGAGAGAAGGGAGAAUGGGGAGAAAGUGAGAGAGAAACAUGUAGCUUAAUUCCAGUGAUAAUUUCCUUUUCUUUUUUCUUUAGUCUUUCCAUCUAAGAAAUUAACCCCAAGAAAGCAUGCCGCCGCCGCAGCUGCCUAGAAAUCCAAGCUUCUUCCCCUGUAUGUUCUUGGGAUCUGAUGAUGAUGGUGAUGCUGAUUUUAGGACUAGAUUAUCUCAUCCCAACCAAAAGUUGUAGCCAUAGCCUGCCUUCUUGGUUGUUCUUGUCUUCCAUGAGCUGUGCUCAGAGCAGCAAAGCUGGGAGAGGGUUCUUCCUUCUAGACUCCUAGGAUCCCAUGCUGCUGUGCUGUGACAAUGUGACAUGUUUCACAAAACGGAAGCAGCUCCCCUCUUGCUCCUCUGAGCACUGUUCCUUCCAUUAAUCAAUUGACUUGCUUGUACU